AGUGCGUAUCUCUGCCAAAGGUGCCAAGUUCAAACAGCGUUUGUAUGGGGCGAACCGGUGGAAUUUCUUACAGCAGGUCCUGUGCCCACUUUCCUCCCGCAGACGUCGAUCUCUGAAGUUAAACGCAAGGCCGACGCUCUGCGUAUCUCUUGCAUCGGCCAAACGUGUGGCCGUAGACAACGGGGGCGACAGCAUGAUGUAUCAUCGUUCAGUCGGCUAGAGAUCAUUAGACAUUUCGCGCUCCACUAAGCACUCCAACUCAACCCCCACCUCCCUAAACGACCAUGUCAGCCAAGGCAGCUCGCUCCAGCAUGGGCCUCUUCAAGCUCUGGACCACGGACAGCGGCACCUUUCCCGUCGUCAUCAUCUGCAGCUUCGCCGCGGUAGCCGCCGGUGCCUCGGCCAGCCGCUACUUGCUGCACAACCCAGACGUGUGCUUCGACAAGAGCAAACGCAACAGCUCCAUGCACUACCAGAGCGAUGAUGGCGCCGAUUGGCGCGCGCGUCGCUUCCGGUUCGCCAACCUGCACCGCAACGCCAUCAACCAGUCUCGCCAGUUCGAUCCUGCCUUCGCCAAGGAGGAGAACAAGGGUGUUUCCAGAUAAAUGGCUUUGAUCGUGAGGCCCGAUUGAGCACAGUGUGGGCCUGAUCAUAUACCAGGGAGCAUACUUGCACUUGCUUCUGUAAUGAAAAAAAUAUAUUAUUGCUGUCAACUUCAUUCAUUAUGAACACGUUGCAGCUUUGUGUGCUGUU